AACCCUGCCAGGGUGGGCUUCUAUGCGAUUAAAAUCGGAGAUGGCGUUGUGCCUGGUUGGAAGCUGGGGUGGCUUUGGCGUUGCAUCGACUACACUAUACACACGUGGGGGUGGUGGUCUCAGUUCUUUUAAAAUCGAGUAGAGGCUUGCUGGAUCCAGCUCUGGAGGGGACGCCAGGCUAGCACUGUCGCCUGUGCUCCCAGUCAAGUCUCAAAUGGGCCAAUUCCGAGGAAGCCGUUGUAGGCAAAGGCGCUCUUGAGUCCUGCAAACAAUGCUAAAGGAAUCCAAGGACAACCAUCUUGUGUGCUCGCUUAGCUGGCUUGCAGAUGACUGACCCGGUGAUGCUGUGGUUUAUUACGGCUAUCAGAUUACACCAGCUAGACAUUUUUUGUAUUAUUCCUUGCUGUUCAGCAACGGAACAUUAUUUUUUAAGCAAAAGAGAUACUUUGAUUAUGUUUACAAAUCAUAACAUGCCAUAAAGCGAAUUAUCCCGAUGCAGAAAAUGCCCCGGAACUGCAGAUUCUGCGACUUGUAUGCCAGUCCCACACCUUACAGAAUGCAUUAAUUCCAAUGGGGCCGAAUACAGAGGCGAACAACAGAUUACGUCCACGGGAGAGAAGUGCCUGAAUUGGCGAACGGUGUCGAGGGAUUACAUCACUGAAAACCCAGACCAUGAAACUGGAAUCAGUGAUCACAGCUAUUGUCGCAAUCCUGACAGGAGCAGCAGACCUUGGUGUUAUGUUGCUGGUCGCAACAACUCUAUUCAGAGACAGGACUGUGCAAUAGACAUCUGCCAAGAUAAGAAUCCUACUCAAGAGGUGACCACCCAUCUUGAAGAGACAACACUGAGUGACACUCAGGUUUUUGAACCAGCCCAAUCUGGGUCCUCUCGGAGUGAGAGUGCAGCAGUGCAGCCAGUCAUUGGCAUUAGUCAGCGUGUGAGGACUGGACCUAAACAAAAGAAGGAUUUGGGAACACUGGGUUUUGUGUUGGGAAUCAUCAUGAUGGUCCUAAUCAUCAUGCUGGGAGUGGGAAUCACUCUAGGAUAUAUCUACAAAAGGGGACGGGACUUGAAAAAGCAGCAUGACCAGAGAGUAUACGAGCGGGAGAUGCAGAGAAUCACUUUACCCCUUUCUGCCUUUACCAACCCUACCUGUGAAAUCCUAGAUGAAAAUGCAGUUGUCAUUGGAAGUGCUCACCAGACACCAGUGGAGGAAGCCAUCGAAGGAAAAGAUCCUCUGAUGGGACAGGCUGUAACUCCAGGGGCCUGAAAAAGAAAUGAGCAAUGAUGAGUGGUUAAGAAACAGCCAAAACAAAAAAAAACAAAACAAAAAAAGGGACGUUAAGCCAUAUAAAAAAAGAGAACUAUCGACUGUUACUCAAACUGUUUCAUAUGGAAUACCGUAUGCAUGCUGAGUGUGGGGCAUGCUGUGCUAUCCUGAAAAUACCUGCAACGUUGCUUAUCUGAUCAGUAUGGAGGAGAUGGCUUUAGUGUUACCUGACUGGCUGACCAAUAGAAGGUGGGAGGAGGUAAGGAUGUAUUGCCACCUUUUAAAUAUGCAUCUCUGUGAAGGAUGAGGAAAGUUGGAUGGGAUACCUGAUGCUCAACACCUACAAAAGCUACAGAAUGACUUGAGCUUUGUGAACCUGUCCUGUUGCUGCCAACCUGUGGUUUGAGAAGCUUCAAUGAGGAAAGCGUUGACCUUUACAGGAUAAGGCAAGCAGGCAUUUGUUAAAUAUACUGAAAAGGCUCAUUAGGUAUUCCAAAUGUAUUUUGUAAAACAAAGCUAUUUGAAUGUGAUUUUUUUUUUUUUUUGGUUGGGGGGAGAGGGAUAUUAAGUCAGCUGUACAUUGACAUGAUGUUGUCAUUUAAUUAUUCUAAUCAGGCUUUCUGAAAACACACUCUGCCUCCUGGCUUGCAUUGAAAUGUUUUUUUUGUUGGCAGUAGUGUGGAUGCAGAUUUUUAAUUUUUGAAUGUCCAAGCAUUUUCAAACAGUUAGUGAAACCAGCUGGACUGAGAGUGCCUUUGUUUGAAAUAAUCAAAGAGAAAAAAAAGAUCGAAGUGACAGAUACCAUUCAGAGGGGACUGCAGGCACUUACCAGCAGGACAGGGUCUGUGGGGUGUGUCAUUCUCAGUUGUUUAACAAAAUGCCUUGACAAGUGAGGUGGCCUUGAGAUGAUAAAUGUUGUUUUGAAAUCUACUACACUCAAAUGCUUUUAUACCAUUUACACACCUGUAACAUGUCGUUCUAACUUGAACAUUCAUGCUUUAUCCGUAUCUGUUCGGAAGUCAAGCUAGACUUAAGUCUCGGCACAGUUUCUAACAGUAAUGAAAACAUUAGGACCCCAUGUGCAGACAGAACUCUGAUGGGAUUGGUUUUUUUGGCUUAAUUCAGUAGUUAAAAACCCAGUUGUGAACCAAUUUUAAUUACACUCUCAGUUCUUAAGGGUGAACCGGCUUAGCUUUUAAACACUCCACUGUAUUUCAAAUGGGAGCACAAACUCUGGACUGUUUCAGGCAGCAGCUACCGGUUGGUGCACUGGUGCUUUAACGCUGAAUUCACACGCUGUCGGACAGACAGUACAUAGAGUUUCCGACUAGGAAAGGCCAUGUGAAUGCACUCUGACACCAAAAGAGAGUUAGCCAAAUUCAGACCAUUUGUUUGUCAGUUGUGUAAACUUUUCAUCCAGAAAUGCCUUUUUUUGGUUCAAGGGGAGUGAUGUGAUCCACAUUUAAAACAUGCUUUUUAUUUUCACAGAAGCUGCUGUUUAAUUGCCUUUUUUUGGUUGCAGACCAAGUAACACAUCAAAAGUGACUUUGCAUUUCUCAAUUGUUUAGCAGAACACCACACCAAUGCACUUUGGUGGGAAGGUAAAAUGUCACAAAUCGAUACCAAGAAUAGUCCAAGAGCACAUGGACUCAGCAUAGUUGUCGUGGAAGCAGAGGCUCACGGACAUUUCCUGAAGAGUAGGGCUCAAAUGUUGAAAGCAGCAAACCCUCAAAAUCCAGAGUUGGCCAUUGCUGAUGUGUCUCGAGCUGAAAGGGCAGUGUCACAAUCAAAUGGUGGGAUCUAAAGAAAUUUGAGAGAGCCUGAUUUGAAAAAAAUGCUUUUUUUUUUUUUCUUUUGCUUUGUUGUUGUACAGGUUUUUAUAAUUUUUUUGUUACUUAACAAGUAUGGGUGCUUUUUUAAUGUUUAAAAUUCACAUCUGUACUUGAUUUGUAUUUAUGGCAGUUUACACUGCUGGGAAAAUAAAAUAUUUAAAGAUAA